ACAUCUACCAGGACAGCAGUCAGGUGCUUUUUAAAGUUUGUCCAGGGCUUAAAGAUGUCCCAUGUGAUCGUGUUGUCCACAUGGGUCAGUCUGAUGAUCCUCGCUGCCCGCUCCAUCUCACCCUGCCUCCGCUCCUGUACAAGCCAGAGCAGGAACCUCCCCCACAGGAGCAGUUCACACCUACAAGCAAGGACAUGUACCUGAGCGCAGCAGAGCUGCAGCCCACAGAGAGCCUGCCCCUAGAGUUCAGUGAUGAUCUUGAUGUUGAAGGGGACGGUAUGCAGGGUCCUCCGUCCCCGCUGCAGUUUGAUACGGCCCUCGCCCUGGAGGACCAGACCAUCAGAGCUAUUGCUGAAGCACCUAUGGACAUCCUAACAGGAGAAGAUCCCGACCAGGUGGACCUGGACACCUCAGGACAGGAACUUUCAGAAAGAGAUGUGGACGCCAUCAUAAAUGACCAG